AUGGCUUCAUCGGAGCCAGAGCUGAGAUCAGAUUCAUCUCAAGCACCGCCGUCUCUCGAAGAAUUAAGCACGAGAGGGGCCACCGCCUUCCUUUUUCCAUGGAUCCUCCGCAUGGCUUCCGCCUCCACACAGUCGUCUCAAGAACCGGGAGAUGUGGUGGUGUUCGUAAACCAAACCACUGGAUCCUUAACCAUGAUAGAAGGUUCCCACGCCGUCGAAUCGUUCCUCCGUGGCAUGCCCGGGAAGGAAGGUCCACUACCGGCGUCAAAAGCAACUAUUGAAGCCUUGCCGGUGGUGAAAAUAACGGAACCGGGUUCGGAGUGUCCGAUUUGCUUAACAGAGUUUGAAUUGAACGGUGAGGUCAAAGAGAUGCCAUGUCAGCACAAAUUCCAUUCGGGUUGUAUUGACAAGUGGUUGCGGGUUAACGGGUCAUGCCCGGUUUGUCGUUACAAUAUGCCGGAAGAGGAGAAGAAAGAAACAGGUAGCGAAGAGGAGGAGCGGGAAAGGAGAGAGGGAGCAGGUGUGAGAAUUCACGUGUUCUUUGCACGCGGUGGCAGCCGGAGGGAGGCUGGUUCGGAUACAAAUGUCGGGUCCGAGAGCAAUCCAGGAAUUGAGAAUAGAAACGGGUUACAACCCGAAAACAUGGAUUUAGAUUGA